CAGCCUUUGCCCAUCCCUUUGGAAAAAAGGAAAAUUCACACAGGCGAACGACGGCGACGAAAAGAGCGAGGGAAAAAGUUGAGAGGGAAGCGAAAGCGAAAAGCCAGAUGAAAAAGUUGGAUACUCGGGAGGAAGCCAUCCAAAGACCAGGGUACACGCUUUAAAUCAUGCCACUCCACAAAUCAACUCGGGCCCCUCGCCUGGACCCCACCAUGAUCUCCGCCCCGCUUGGUGACUUUCGCCACACCAUGCACAUCGGGAGAGGAGGGGAUGCCUUUGGCGACACCUCCUUCCUGUCCACUCUAGGUCCGGACCAGGCCAGUGCUGACCCUGGUAGUCCAAGCAGCGUCGCAGACGCCGAUGCUCUGGUGGUGGUCAACCACAGCGAUCUUCAUGCAGAUGUUCCAGGAAGCCCACUGAGCAAUGAGCUUCAGCAUUCAGAGUCGGUGUCUUCAUUCACCCUGGACCUGGACCUGGAUCUGGGCCCGUCUAUGCUGGGGGACGUGUUGGGGGUGAUGGACGGCUUGGGGCUUGACUCUAACGAGGAGGAUGUGUUCACUCCCAACGGUGGCACAUCAAAACAGGUGAAAGGGGACGUGGAGAUGUCUGUGAGCAUGCAGAACGAGUUAAACGGGAAGAACUUGGUCGGGCUAGAUGGAAGCCAGGUGGGAGAUGGCAGGAUACCAGAUGGAAAUGGAAUCAAGCCUAAGGGGCUACGACCAAAAGUGAGAUUCAGCGACAAACGGGAGGAGAUCAUUCGCCAGGCGUCUGAGGAGGAAGAGGGUCAGGGCUUUGAGUUCCAGGAUCGGCCGUGUAACAGCCCGACGAGGGGCGAAAGCGAGAGGGGGACGAGCCGAGUAGGCGAAACCGAGUUCAGUGGUCACAAAGCAGAUUUGCCGCCUAGUCCUGGCUCUUCAAAUAGCUCGGAGUAUGAAGGAGUCGCUUCAAUGGACAGGAGGACGGUUGAGAGCUGCCACUCAGAGACUGAUUCGGAGGAGGAGGAGGAGGAUGAGGAGGAGGAAGCAGGACGAGGAUACACGUUUGAAGAUGAGUUUGAUGAUGAGAUCGGUCUAUAGGGGAUGGUUCUCAGAGAACAGAUUUAUGAUGUCAGCUACAUCAGAUGUUCUGUAUUUUCUAUCAACCACCAGAUCUUAAUGCAUACUGGAUUUUAUAAAAACUCAGUGAGACAUAUGCAAGACGAUGUUGCUCAACUGGAAAAGACAUUUUGUUUUAUCUGCAAGGGUAACAGAUUUGCAAAUCGGGGGGGAAAAAUGGUCAUUAAGGUUAUUCCAGUGAAAGGUUUGUAGCACUUUGAUUCACUGGGAGCAUUGAUCUCUGUCUGAAGCUCAGUGGAAAGUCUGAUUCAGGUUUCAUGAAUGAUGCUUGCUUGGCUAAACUUUUACAGUGAUUUUUAUUUGACAUUAAUCUGCACACAGUCGGCUCCGUGUUCAUUGAACUCUGUCUUAUUGUGCCUUAAAGAGCUGUAUGCUCACAUUAUUGUAUCCUACGUUAUAUCAGUGUCUUUAUAGUAAUUUCUCGUAUUGCAUGUUUAUUACAGUCUGUUGAUGUAUCAUACAUUGGAAAAGCUUUACAAAGUGCCCCCAAAGAGGUCUAUAAUGAAUGACUGUGAAUUGUCACAUUCCAAAUCUGCCACUAAAUUAUGUGUGUUUUCACAGUGCAGUUAUUUUGCAUGUUUUCAGUUUACCAAAGCUAUUCUCUGCGGCCUCAUGCGAAGACAAUCACGGGAUCUUAAGGGCGAUCGUGCAUUAGGAGCAGCAGCGUAUUUUUCUUGUGCACGCUUUUAGCUUGUAUAAUGUUGUUUAAAAAAAAAAAAAAAAAAAAAAUCCUGAUGCUGUAAAAGGGAGAGACCGAUAUGCUCAUCUGUUGAAAAAUGCUGGUUUAAACAUGUGUCAUUCUGUGGUUUCUUAAGGAUUACAGUGAAAACAAUAAAGUCAUUAUUGGGAUUUAAAAAUAA